GACAUCCUCCGUAAUCUCCGCAAACAUCUUUCACUCUCGAUGAUGCUGGAGUUAUGAUUGCCAGCCAUGGUUACCUCGCAAAGCACUGGUGAAGAACAGAGUUUCGCAAUGGCCCUUCGAAGAUAGUCUUAUACCAGAGAUCGACUAUUUCUAGACGUUGAUGACGAAAAUGGUGUUGAGACGAUUUUUCAUCAUGCUCUCCCGAAAGGCUUUAUGGAACAAGACAGCAGUGGUUCUGGGCUGCCUUACCGGAGCGCUCCUGUGGAUGCUAACGUCUGGAGUAGUCAACAUAAGCCUGGGUAUUGCAGACGGAGCAUCUACAGAUGCGAACACUGACAGAUUCCAGCAGCUCAGACACGCUCCAUCAGUUGGAUCACUGAUAGGUAAGCGACUGAUUGAGAGUAUGUACCAUCCAGUGCCGACAACAGGGUGUGUCAAGAAAGUCCUCAUCUUCGGGGAGAUGAAGGACAUGAAAGAUUGGCCGGAGCUCCAGGCCAUCACGGCGAUACUCCGUGAAGAUGUUGCUACAGGUGCGUGGAGUGGGAGAACUGAGUGUCCAACACACAACUGUAACAUCUCUUUGACUGUCAGUGCCAACUUGUCUCUGAUAGCCGGGAUGGAUGCCGUGGUCCUAGGCAUGCUUCCCAAGAUCUUUGAGACACACCUCAAGGACUUGAUUCGGAUCGAGCCACCUAAGGGACAGACCUGGAUAUACUUCAGCACCGAGUCGCCUUUCAGGGUCACCAAGUGGUCCAAGUCUUUCGCCUUACGCCAACUGAAGUACCACAAGACGAUGACAUACCGACGAGACUCCGACGUCUACCUCCCAUUUGGUUACUACAGGGAGUUUCUCCCCAACGAGAACCGGAUGAUACUCAAAAAACACAAUCACGCACUUGGGAAGGAAGACCUGAUAGUGUGGAUAGGUAGCAACUGUUUUGAAGUGACGUGGCCACGGAUUCCAUUCAUUGAUAGACUGCAGGAGCUCCUUCCGCUCAAGACUUACGGCAAAUGCGGGAACUUGACGUGCUAUCCAGCGCGCUCAGAGCGCUGCAACCGCGUCAUGCGGAAGUUCAAAUUCUACCUGGCACUCGCCAACAGUGAGUGCCGGGACUACAUCACUGAGAAAUUCUGGGCCAACUCGCUAGGCUACAAUAUCGUGCCUGUCGUGUACGGAGCACCCAGGGAAGACUUUGAGAAAGUCGCCCCUCCCGACUCCUUCAUUCACGUCAGUGACUUCCCAUCCUUGGAGGCCCUGGCCGAGUAUCUACGAUUCCUGGACCAGGACGACGCGCUCUACAACUCGUACUUUGAUUGGAGGAAACGUGGCGUGAUAGGUCAGUCAUUUCCUAUCGCGCAGACCACCAUUUGUCAGAUAUUACCCCAUCUGUACAACGGAUCUGAGCAAAAGGUGAAGCGGAUCGGGGAUUCUGAAUGGUACAAUGGCUGCCGCAAACCUGUACAAUCCAUCAAAGGGUUUGUCGUUGAGAGGCAGUUUGCCCUAUACAGCUCAUGGAAACCAUGGAGGCUCACAGAUGGCUAGUGAUAACUAUAGUCCUUACACUUUAUCUUUGCCAAUCGAUGUGGACUAGUCAUUGAUGGUGUCCGUGAAGAAAGAAGUGGACGGCAUUCUGCGACUAGACCAGUUAAAGGGAAAAUACAACAUUUGCAAACAUCAAAAAAUAAAACUACCAAAUC